AUGUGGAUUCAGGUCCGUUUGAUCAGCGGCAGCAAAACUGUUCGCAUCGACAACCUCAGCAAAUUGACUAAGGUAGAGGAGUUGAGGAAGCGACUUGUGGAGCAUUUCCAAGCUGAUGCAGACCAGCAAAGACUUUUCUUCCGCGGGAAGCAGAUGGAAGAUGGACACACAUUGUUUGAUUACGAUGUGGGUCUUAAUGAUCUGAUCCAGAUCCUCAUUAGAAAAAAUAUACCACAGCCAUUGUCAGACAGUGAUGACAAGGGGAAGGAUGAUAUAGCAGAUGAUGGCAGCACUUCAGACAAAGAGAAUAAAGAGCCAGGUGACAAAGAGUUGCCCACUUCCAACGAGCAAGAUGAACUUGGCAGCAGUGUCUAUAAGAUUGGAGACAUAAUUGAUGCCAGAGAUGUUAGCAUGGGUGCAUGGUUCGAAGCCAGGAUACUAACAGUUGAGCCAGGUAUUGACUCUGAGAUUGAGGCCAGACUUGCAGAUAGUCAGAUGGACACUUCUACAGCAGCAACAGAGCAUGAGGAUAGACAGAAUAGUUUUGUCAGUGAACAGCCACCUCCACCUUUAGACUGUGGGUCUCCUGAUGGAUACACAUACCACGUUUCCUUUGAAAAGUACCCAGAAGAUGUUCUGAAAGUGUUAAGCACAGAAAUCCGGCCGCGGGCACGUACAUUAAUCAGAUUUGCUGAUGUGGAGAUAGGCCAGCAUGUUAUGGCCAACUACAACUGUGAAGAGCCUGAAACACGAGGAUUCUGGUAUGACUGUGUUGUGACUGGCAAGAAAGAUACACGGACUGUGAAGGAACUUACUGCUACAGUCUACAUUGGAGCUGCGCUGACUCCACUCAGCAACUGCCGUCUGAUCUUCACACGAGAGUUGUUUGGUAUUGAAGAGGCUGGCACCCAGCUGACCGAGGAGGGUAUUGCUGCUGACCCAAGUUCUAAUGUUGGGGCCCGUCAGAGCAAAGCGGAGUGUGAUAAAUGUGAUGAUAACCCAAAGAAGAAAUGCAAGCAUUGUGGAUGUGUAGUUUGUGGGGACAAAAAAGAUCCAGAUAAAACAAUCUUGUGUGAUGAAUGCAACCAGGCCUACCACUUGUACUGCUUGAAUCCACCUUUGAGCACUGUCCCACAGGAGGAUGAGUGGUACUGUCCUGAAUGUAAAAAUGAUGAAACAGCCAUUGUCAGGAUUGGGGAGAAAUUAAAGGUCAACAAAAAGAAAGCUAAAAUGGCAUCUGCCAACAGCAAUAGUAGUCGAGAUUGGGGCAAGGGUAUGGCUUGUGUUGGCAGGAGCAGAAUGUGCACCAUUGUCUCAUCCAAUCAUUAUGGGCCUAUUCCUGGUGUAGAGGUCGGAGCCAUGUGGAAGUUUAGAGUCCAGGUGAGUGAGGCAGGUGUUCACCGUCCACAUGUGGCUGGAAUCCACGGCCGAGAAGAUGAUGGUGCAUACUCCCUUGUUCUGUCCGGGGGAUAUGAAGAUGAUGCUGACGAAGGUCAGGAGUUUUAUUACACGGGAAGUGGUGGCCGAGAUCUCUCCGGCAACAAACGCACUGCAGAACAGUCGUGUGACCAGACGCUGACGAGAAUGAACAAAGCCCUAGCCAAGAACUGCAGCGCUCCAUUAGAUAACGUCAAAGGUGCUGAAGCCAAGGACUGGCGAGCAGGCAAGCCAGUUAGAGUGGUUCGCAACUGUAAGGGGAGAAAACAUUCUGACUAUGCACCAGAGGAGGGCAAUCGAUAUGAUGGCAUUUAUAAGGUGGUCAAGUACUGGCCAGAGAAAGGCAAGUCCAAUUUUCUUGUGUGGCGAUACCUGCUGCGGCGAGACGACCCUGUACCAGCACCAUGGACCAAGGAAGGCAAAAAACGAACCUCCGACCUGGGACUGACAAUGCAGUAUCCUGAUGGUUACCUGGAAAGCCAGCAGGAGAAAGAAAAAGAGAAGGAAAAAGAAAAGGGCGAGGAAGAUGAGCCUACACCUGGCAAAAGGGGCAGAAAACGCAAGUCAGAGGCUGAAGUUCCAGAGUCAAAAAGAAAGUCAGUUUCAAAAGCUUCUGAGAAAGAGAAGGCAUCUCCGAAAGUGGCCAGAUAUUCCCUUGAGUCCGGCAGCAAGAAGUUAAUAGCCGAGGAUAAAGUUAAUAAGAAGCUCUGGAAUGAGGCUCUGACACAUGUAGGUGAAGGAUCAAAGGUGUUCCAUGACAAAGUAGAGGAGUUGUUUUUGUGUACCUGCUGCCAGGACCUGGUGUGUAAGCCCAUCACCCUGACAUGUGCACACAACAUCUGUAAGGCAUGUCUACAGAGGUCAUUCAAAGCUGAAGUCUACUCGUGUCCUGCAUGUCGGGCUGAACUGGACAAGUCUAUGUCCAUGGAGACCAACAAGACCCUGACCCAGAUCCUCAACAGUCUCUUCCCUGGCUACGAGGCUGGCCGAUGA